GAAAAUUGGAUACAGAACUUUGCGCCGUUCUGCAAUUUCCUUCGGAAACUGAUCAUUCAUGACAAUUUUGGCCCUAGCAAGUCUUUUACCCAGGCUUUUAACCAAUAUUUUAUCUUUAAAUUAAGCAAAUUUGGCAGCGAUUGGGCGUUCAUACCUUUGGCCUCUCUGUCCGAAGCAGUGUACACAGUGUACACGUUCAAGAUGGAUUUUGUCGACAACUUCGGCGUGGGAUCUGAAGCGCUGUAAGGAGGAACUCUCUAACUACAGAUUCAGGACUUUCUCCUUCUUUCUCCUGGAUACCUCUGUCUGCCUCCUCACAUGGCCGUCAAAGGACACAAGCAGGCCACACCAACCGCUGGCAGCUGCGCCACCCCCUUGGCAGUGAUCUGCUGGGGCAAGCACAAGCUGAGAGAACCAUGAGAGUGGCCCUCAACACAUCACUCAGGACCAUAAGGACAGCUGAAUCUCCACAGCCCUGCACUCACGAUGAGCCCCCCCUGCCACGGCUUACCCUCCCAGCGAGCACCAGCCUGCCCAGAAGCCCCAGACGCUGUGUUCCAGGUCAUCCCAGCAAGGCUACACCAGAGGACCUGUUCUACCUCCUGUCCCGCAGUGUUGUCCAUUACAACCAACCAGACGUGGUGCUGGAGUGCCUGGGAAGCCAGUGGGAGCUGCACUGCCCUAAUCUCACCAAGUCAGGCACCCUAAGCAACCUCUACAUGUCAACCAGACAGCAGAGGGCAAGGAGCCUUCAGGACAGAGCAGGAAGUGGUAAGAAUGGGAAAGACAAGGCAUACAGCCGACCUGGCAGCAGCAACUCCAGCAGAGACAAACAGAAUGGGAAAAAACCCGCAGGCCCCCUGGUCCUCCAACUCUCUGUGAAAGAAGCCACCGUCACCAAAGAGGCCCUCUCCUUUGCCCUCAGGACCCUCUAUAACCCAGAGGCAUGUCCUGAACACUGGGGAGAGGGGGUGCUCUCUACCGCCGCCCUGCUGGGUCUGCCACACCUUUUCCAGAGGUGA